AUGGACGAAGUGAAUCAAUCCGCAGUGUAUGAAUUUCUUAUCCUUGGACUUUGUGACUCCCAAGAGCUCCAGCUAUUCUUCCUUGUGAUAUUUUCUUCACUUUAUUUGAUCACCAUUGUAGGUAACAUCUUCAUUGUCCUCUUAAUCAUUACUGACCUCCAUCUCCACUCUCCCAUGUACUUCCUCUUGGCCAAUCUCUCUUUUAUUGAUUUCUGUCUUUCUUCAAUGAAAGUUCCUAGGUUAUGCAAACAGCACUCAGUAGUCAACUUGAGGGCUCAUGGUUUAAAGCAACCCAGCAUCAUGAGUAGACAAAUGUGCAUUUGGUUAGUAAUUACAUCGUGGAUCAUUGGCUUUGUGCAUUCACCAAGCCAACCAGUUUUGAUUGUCAAGCUGCCUUUCUGUGGACCUACGGCAUUGGAUAGCUUUUUCUGUGACAUACCAUUGGUAAUCAAGCUUGCCUGCAUGGACACCUAUGUUCUGGAAAUGUUAAUAAAUGCUGACAGUGGAGUACUGGCAACCAUCUGCUUCAUCCUGUUGUUGACCUCUUACUCCUAUAUUCUGUUUACUGUCUGCCUUUACUCUAAAGAUGGAGCAUCCAAGGCUCUCUCCACCUGCACUGCUCACAUUACAGUGGUGGUGCUGUUCUUUGGACCCUGUAUUUUCAUCUAUCUGUGGCCAAUCAGUAUCACUUGGGUGGACAAAUUUCUUGCUGUAUUCUAUGCAGUUAUCACACCCCUCCUGAAUCCAGCUAUUUAUACUCUAAGAAAUAAAGAGAUAAAAAAUGCGAUGAAGAGGCUAAGGUGUUAG